AUGCUAAUUGAUACUGAUCCUAAGUGGUGGCUGAUUCUGAUCGGCGUGUAUGUUGUGCUUCCAAUCAUCGGGUAUUUUAUAGUGCCCUUUUUAUUCUAUGGAGACAGAUCGACUAGGAAAAGGGUAAUUGUGUAUGUUGUUGGUGACAUUGGGCAUUCGCCACGGAUGUGUAACCAGGCCGCUAGCUUCAGUGAUCAUGGCUGGCAGGUUGAGUUAUGCGGAUACGUAGAGGGGGAUCUACCGCGUUAUAUUGUCGAAGACACGAGGAUUACGGUACAUGCGUUACCGAAGUUAUCGAAAAGUGGUGCAGGAGGCACUGUGUUUAUGGUGCAGAAGGUUUUGUAUCAAAUUGUUGGUAUCUGUAAGCAUUUGUGGCAGCUGAGGGGCAGUGAUUACAUUCUGCUGCAGAAUCCGCCCACGAUCCCGCUUCUACCGAUUGCUGUAAUGUUUAGGUUCACAGGAUGCAAACUGAUUAUCGAUUGGCACAAUCUGGGGUAUUCCAUCUUGCAGUUGAAAUUUCAAGAUUCUUUUUGGCAUCCUUUUGUUGUUGUCUAUUUCCUCACAGAAUGGUUCUUUGCGAAAUUUGCAACGUACCAUUUGACCGUUACGAAGGCCAUGAAGAAGUAUUUAGUGGCGAAAUUUGGAUUGAACCCAAUGAGAAUUGCGGUACUUUAUGAUAGACCUGCGGUUCAAUUUAAACCCCUGCAAAAUGAUGAAGAACGUUUACGCCUGCUCCAGGAGCCAUUUGUAGCGCCUUAUAUUCCUCAAGGAUUUGAUAUCAAUAAAGGUGACAAGAUAAUUGCUACAUCGACUUCGUUUACGCCAGAUGAAGAUUUGGGGAUUUUGUUUGGAGCCUUAAAGAUUUAUGAAAAUUCGUAUCAAAAAUUCGAUCACACCUUACCCAAGAUAUUGUGUUUUGUUACAGGUAAGGGGCCAUUGAAGGAGAAGUAUGUGAAAGAAGUACAAGAAUUCGAAUGGAAUAGAUGUCACAUAGAAUUUCUCUGGCUUUCUGCAGAAGAUUACCCUCGUUUAAUAAGCCUCUGUGAUUAUGGUGUUUCACUACACAAAUCAAGUUCAGGUCUCGAUUUACCGAUGAAAAUACUGGACAUGUUAGGAUGUGGUGUUCCUGCAAUUGCGUUCAAUUACGAUACUUUGGAUGAAUUGAUUACUCAUGAUAUCAACGGUCUGAAAUUUCUUGAUAGAAGAGAACUGCACGAAGAACUUAUAUUUGCUGUUAAAGAUCAAAACGUUAAUAAUAGGCUGAAAAAGGGUGCAUUAUUAGAAUCCCGUGUUAGAUGGAAUUCUAGUUGGGAAACUGCUAUGAAAGAAAUCAAACUGUUGGCCUAA